GGAGCGCGAUCGCAGCCACAGCGACGACGACGACGACGACGACAGGGUGGGGGUGGGGGAGGACGGCGUGCGAGAGACUCACGGGACGCGACGCGCCCCGCCUUUCCCGUCCGGUCCCUCUCUCAGCGGUGAGGGGAUGAUGUAGCUUUGCCAAAGACUUAGAAGCUAAGCAGAAAAUGAGCUUAACAUCCUGGUUUUUGGUGAGCAGUGGAGGCACGCGCCACAGGCUGCCACGAGAAAUGAUUUUUGUCGGGAGAGAUGACUGUGAGCUCAUGUUGCAGUCUCGUAGCGUGGAUAAGCAGCAUGCAGUAAUCAAUUACGAUGCUUCUGCGGAUGAACAUUUGGUCAAAGACUUGGGCAGCCUGAAUGGGACUUUUGUGAAUGAUGUAAGGAUUCCAGAACAGACUUACAUCACCUUGAAACUUGAAGAUAAGCUGAGAUUUGGAUAUGAUACAAACCUUUUCACUGUAGUACGAGGAGAAAUGAGGGUCCCUGAAGAAGCGCUAAAGCACGAGAAAUUCACCAUUCAGCUUCAGUUGUCCCAGAAAGCUUCAGAACCGGAAUUAUCAAAGUCUGCGUGUGCCAAAGGCGUGGAUUCAAAGGUAGCAGAUACCGCAACAGAAGCACAGCCCAAAGCUCCAGAGGCGCUGAAGGCGGAGGAGAAAGCCGCAGAUACUUCUGCCAUGCCCCGUGGUACUCCAUUAUACGGGCAGCCUUCAUGGUGGGGAGAUGAUGAGGUGGAUGAAAAAAGAGCGUUCAAGCCAAAUGGCAAACCAGAAGAAAAAAAUCAUGAAACUGGAACAUCAGGGUGCAAUUUAGAUGCCAAGCAAGUUGAGGAACAAUCUGCAGCUGCAAAUGAAGAAGUACUUUUUCCUUUCUGUAGGGAACCAAGUUAUUUUGAAAUCCCUACAAAAGAAUUCCAGCAACCAUCACAAUUAACUGAAAGCACCAUUCAUGAAAUCCCAACAAAAGACACAACGAGUUCCCAUACAACAGGUGCAGGGCAUGCUUCCUUUACCAUUGAAUUUGAUGACAGUACCCCAGGGAAGGUAACUAUUAGAGACCAUGUGACAAAAUUUACUUCUGAGCAGCGCCACAAGUCCAAGAAGUCUUCUCCUGGAACCCAAGACCUGCCCGGGAUUCAGACUGGAAUGAUAGCACCAGAAAACAAAGUCGCUGACUGGCUAGCCCAGAACAACCCUCCGCAGAUGAUCUGGGAAAGGACAGAAGAGGAUUCCAAAAGUAUUAAAAGUGACGUCCCAGUGUACUUGAAAAGGUUGAAAGGAAAUAAACAUGACGACGGUACACAGAGCGAUUCCGAAAACGCAGGGGCCCACAGGCGCUGCAGCAAGCGCGCGACUCUUGAGGAACACUUCCGGCGCCACCACUCGGAGCAGAAAAAGCUGCAGAAGGCCCAGGCUCCCGACAAGCAGCAAGACCAAGCUGUUGUAAGUCAAACUGCUUUUAUGAUUGCAUUCUUUGAUGAAGACAAUCCCAGAAAAAGGAGGUCCUAUUCCUUUACUCAGAGUGCGGGAAUCUUAUGUGAGGACACUACUUAUUCAGCACCACAUACAAAACUUGAAAAACCCAAAUCUCCAACAGCAGACGCCAAAGUGGUUUCUUUGUCUUUACAGACUAGCUCUGCGCAUCACAGAGGGGGGCAUGGUGUUCCACAUGGGAAAUUGUUAAAACAGAAAUCAGAGGAGCCAGCGGUGUCCAUUCCCUUCCUACAAACUGCAUUGUUAAGAAGUUCAGGGAGUCUCGGGCACAGACCCAGCCAGGAGAUGGAUAAAAUGUUAAAAAAUCAAGCCACUUCUGCUACUUCUGAAAAGGAUAAUGAUGAUGACCAAAGUGACAAGGGUACUUAUACCAUUGAGUUAGAGAAUCCCAACAGUGAGGAAGUGGAAGCAAGAAAAAUGAUUGACAAGGUGUUCGGAGUAGAUGACAAUCAGGAUUAUAAUAGGCCUAUUAUCAAUGAAAAACAUAAAGAUCUGAUAAAAGACUGGGCCCUCAGUUCUGCCGCAGUAGUAAUGGAGGAACGAAAGCCACUGAGCGCGCCUGGCCUCCGCAACUCCGAGGAAGUCCCACCUUCAUCUGGCAGCAAGCGCUGGGUUUCACAGUGGGCCAGUUUGGCUGCUAACCAUACAAGGCAUGACCAAGAAGAAAGGCUAAUGGAAUUGUCUGUACCUGCUUCUUUAGAGAACGACACAGAUAUCAGCGAAUCUGGCAUUUCCAUGCGAAGCACUGUCUCGGCCAGUUCCUUGGCCAGUCAGGGAGAGAGAAGGAGACGGACCCUCCCCCAGCUUCCAAAUGAGGAGAAGUCGCUGGAGAGCUCCAGAGCAAAAGUUAUGAGCCAGAGGUCAGAGAUAGGAGAAAAGCAAGACACAGAGCUUCAGGAGAAGGAAGCCCCCACGCAGGUAUACCAGAAAGACAAACAAGAUGCUGACAGAGCCUUGACGAAACCAAACAGGGCGGUGAACGGGGAGACUCUUAAAACUGGUGGAGACGGUAAAGCCCCGCUGCAGGCAGGCAGCUCUUCCCCGGGGAAGGAGAAAGGUGAAGCUGAUAAGGAAGCUUCUUUGGUAAAGCAAACAUUAGCUAAACUUCAGCAACAAGAACCAAAGGAACAGUGGACACCUACUAAAUUAUCUUCAAAAAAUGCCUCAGGUCAGGUAGAGAGAAGUAGGGAGGAAUCUUUCAAACAGGAGUCACAACCCCCAGAAAAAAUUCCAGGACAUUCUGCAAGCAAAGGAGAAAGGGUGAUACAAAGCGAGGGCAAGCGAAGGAAAGCCGAGGAAAUUCUGAAAAGCCACACUUCAAAGGGAGGGGACAAGAAGGAAUCCUCCAAGUCAUUAGUGCGACAAGGAAGCUUCACUAUAGAAAAACCCAGCCCGAACAUCCCCAUAGAACUCAUUCCCCAUAUAAAUAAGCAGACUUCAUCUACACCCCCUUCUUUGGCAUUGACAUCCGCCGGCAGAACACGUGAAAGAAGCGACUCUAUGGAAACUGAUUCCAGUAUGGACACAACUCUUAUUCUUAAAGACACAGAGGCAGUGAUGGCUUUUCUAGAAGCUAAACUGCGUGAAGACAAUAAAACUGAUGAAGGCCCAGAUACUCCCAGUUAUAACAGAGACAACUCUAUUUCACCAGAAUCUGAUGUGGACACAGCUAGUACAAUCAGCCUGGUCACGGGGGAGACUGAAAGGAAGUCAACCCAAAAGCGAAAGAGCUUCACCAGUCUCUAUAAAGAUAGGUGUUCUUCAGGUUCUCCUUCCAAAGAUGCUGCAAAGUCAUCUUCUGGUGCUAGGGAGAAAAUGGAAAAGAAAACAAAAAGCCGUUCCACAGAUCUAGGUUCAAGAGCAGAUGGUCGUAAAUUCGUACAGUCCAGCGGAAGAAUAAGACAGCCUUCGGUGGAUUUAACUGACGAUGACCAAACCUCUAGUGUACCUCAUUCUGCUAUCUCUGACAUUCUGUCAUCUGAUCAGGAAACAUACUCUUGUAAACCUCAUGGAAGGACUCCACUUACCUCAGCUGAUGAGCAUGCACAUUCCAAACUGGAUGGAAGUAAGGUGACCAAGUCUAAGACUUCUCCUGUAGCACCUGGUUCAUCCAGUAAAUCCACCACUCUUCCAAGGCCACGACCUACCAGGACUUCCCUCUUGCGCCGAGCGCGACUUGGUGAAGCUUCAGAUAGUGAACUUGCUGAUGCUGACAAAGCAUCUGUUGCUUCUGAGGUGUCCACAACAAGUUCAACGUCAAAACCUCCCACAGGAAGGCGUAACAUCUCUAGGAUAGAUCUGUUGGCCCAGCCUCGGAGAACGCGGCUGGGCUCGUUGUCAGCGCGCAGUGACUCCGAAGCGACCAUCUCUAGAAGUAGUGCCUCUUCACGGACCGCAGAAGCCAUCGUUCGAAGUGGGGCCAGAUUAGUACCUUCAGAUAAAUUUUCUCCUAGAAUUAGAGCCAACAGCAUCUCUCGACUCUCAGACUCCAAGGUCAAAAGUAUGACCUCAACGCAUGGCUCUCCUUCAGUAAAUUCAAGAUGGAGGCGCUUUCCUACUGAUUAUGCUUCCACCUCAGAAGAUGAAUUUGGAUCAAACCGUAAUUCCCCUAAACAUACCCGUCUACGUACUUCUCCAGCCCUGAAAACGACUCGGCUGCAGAGCUCUGGGUCGGCAAUGCCUACGAGUUCUUCGUUCAAGCACCGGAUAAAAGAACAGGAAGACUAUAUCCGAGACUGGACUGCACACCGAGAAGAGAUAGCCAGGAUCAGCCAGGAUCUCGCUCUCAUUGCUCGGGAAAUCAACGACGUCGCAGGAGAGAUCGACUCGGUGACGUCCUCGGGCACGGCCCCCAGCACCACAGUAAGCACUGCCGCCACCACCCCUGGCUCUGCCAUAGACACUAGAGAAGAGGUAGGAGAUCCUCAUGGAGCAAUGCAUAAGUUGGUUGAUCGUGUUUUUGAUGAAAGCCUCAACUUUCGAAAGAUCCCUCCAUUAGUUAAUUCUAAAACACCUGAAGGAAACAACUGUCGGCCCAGUGACUCAAGGCCUCAGCCGACUGAGCCUCCUGAUCACUUAACAAUUACACGGCGGAGAACCUGGAGCAGAGAUGAAGUCAUGGGAGAUAACCUGCUGCUGUCGUCGGUCUUUCAGUUCUCCAGGAAGAUACGACAGUCUAUAGAUAAAACAGCCGGGAAGAUCAGAAUAUUAUUUAAAGAUAAAGACCGGAAUUGGGAUGAAAUAGAAAGCAAGUUAAGAACUGAAAGUGAAGUUCCUAUUGUGAAAACUUCAAGCAUGGAGAUUUCUUCCAUCUUACAAGAGCUAAAAAGAGUUGAAAAACAGCUACAAGUGAUCAAUGCUAUGAUUGACCCAGAUGGAACUUUGGAGGCUCUGAACAACAUGGGAUUUCCCAGUGCUCUCUUGCCAUCGCCACCAAAACAGAAGUCCAGUCCUGUGAAUAACCACAGCAGCCCGGGCCAGACGCCGUCUCUCUGCCAACCGGAAGCUCGGGUUCUUCAUCCCGGUGCUAUCUCGGUGUCGGCGGAAUUUGAGAAUGUGGAGUCCGAGGCUGACUUCAGCAUCCAUUUCAAUAGGUUCAACCCUGACGGGGAAGAGGAAGAUGUCACAGUACCUGAGUGACUUUCUCUUGGUUGUUAGAAAAUCAUUACCUGUGGAAUGACUAGGAAUAUUGGAAGCAGCAUAGUGUUGACUUGCACAAAACAAGACAGCUUGGUCAAGUACAAUCUUGUUAUCUCUGGCUUUUUAAUUUUAUUUAUUUAUUUUUUGCCCUUAUAACGUGGUAUCAUAGUCAUCUUUUCCAACCACUUAGAUAACCACUUGGUGCACAUGUAGGAAAAAAAGCGGAUUGUGGCGAUUUCGCCUUUUUGGUUUUAUGACUUUCAAAUUGAAUAUAAUUGUAUCCUUUCCCUUCAUAGAUUUUUUGUUGUUGUUGUUUCUGUUUUUUAAGCCAUGCUGUGACCUACAGGCAAACUAAAUACCCAACAUUUCUGACCCCGUGUCUCCUGUGCCAAGCUGCUCCCUGAAAUGGACUUUCUCUUCACCUGUACAGGAUUUGUUAAACACUUAUAUUUACUUCUCAAUAAUAGGAUUUAUAUUAGUACUCAUCAGCAUUGGAUACAGUGACAUUUAACUCUCCUCAGUCAAACUGACCUUUUAAAACAGUCGUUCUUAUGUUCUAAAAUUUUGCAACAUACAUGUGAUUUAUAUAAUUUUGUUGCUGCGUGAAUUGCCUUGGGGUUUACGGAGAUGAACUAUUAUGUUUGCACUAAGAUUUCCUGGGAGUGGUAGGUGGACAUAUCUAUAGAUCAAUAAGGACUAACCGCCUUUUUUGUACAUAGGAGGCUGAUAAUACUGUAUUUGUUUUAACCCCACAGCAUUUUACUCCACUUUCAAAAAAAGAUGAAUUUGGCACUUUUUUCAAUUUUGGUUUUUUAUGGAAGUAAGAUUUUUGUCUCUCAUUUUAGGGCCAAUGAUAACUAGAAAGAUGAAACUAGACACUUAAGGUGGAGUAUAUUUUUAAAACUGAGAACACGUAUAUUGGUCCUGUGUUACCAAGUUUUUAUGUGACAGUUGGAAAAAAAAUUCCCUGAAACGAUCAUGAAGUUAAAAUUUUCUUCGUUAGGACACUUGGAGAACCAGUAGUCAUAAGCUUAGUUGAUAGUUUCACUCCCAAGCAGAGUGAUUUGCUUCUGUGUGUUUCCCUGUAGGACCCAGUAGUGAAUUCUGUCUCAGUCUUUCUUACCAUUUAUAAGGACUCUGCAAGACAACAAGCGACAGAGGCCUUGGGCCUGUGUUACUAAACGGAAAGCCUAUGAAAAGUAUCUUCUAUAAACUCGUUUUUUUUCUCUUUCCCGUAAGGUCACAUUUGGAUAAGUUUUAAAAGAAAGCAAUUAUCUCUGUGUUUCCAGAACACUGUAAUUUGGGUGAAUCUUAAUUCAGUUAAAUGUUAUUAGUAGACUUGGAGUUUCCCCUUGACCCCACGAGUCUACAAAGGUUAAAACUGCGACCUUUGCAAAUUUAUGAAAUGGUCUUUAAUAUAUCAGCAAUAAUCCUGUGCUACAUUUGUGUUAAGAAACUAACUACACACUGCAGAACUUUACAGGAUUUUACACAAAUCCUGUGCUGUUGGGCCAGUUAAUAAAGAUGCAAAAAGAAAAAAGGAAAAAGAGAAGCAAAAAAUACCCCUUUGUAGAGAUGUAAAAACAAAAGUCUGUUGUGUAAUGGAUCUCAUAUUUUUCUUCAAACUUUUUUUUUAAAAGGGUAAACAAACUAUUCUCCUGGUGUAGCUAAAUACCCCGUUCUAAUAAAGGAAGACUGCAAAAAAUGUUUUAAAGAACAUGAAUGGAAAGAUACAACUGCUUUGAAGGAAUAAAUGAAACAUUAAAACAGGGUCAAUCCAUUUGAAGAAACAAACAACAUAAUCACCAUUGUUCCUUCUUUUAUUGAAUGUUUGGGUACUGAUUAUAUUGCCGUGGAGGUAGAAGGUGAGGAGUUGUUUAGGACAAUAUUAGCAUCUGUCUCCUUAUGUUACUGUUUAAGUGUUUACACAGGUUUGUUUAAACAUUUGGCCUUUUACUAUGUUAUUUUUAUUUUUUAAUGAAUACAUUAUUCUCCUUAUUUAUUUUUGUUACAUUUAUUACUUAUGUUAUUUUGUUAUGCAUUUACAA